CCUUCUCUCUCUCUUUAUUCAUCUUCCUCCUCUAUACCUGCAAAAGAUAUCCACCUCCUAAUCAAAAGCUUUUCAAUCCAGAAAAAUAAAUGGAUGUUAAGCCAAGGGAUUGUGUUCAUCAAAGUAAUGAAGAUGAUCAUAUGGAAUUGAGAAGAGGUCCUUGGACGGUGGAAGAAGACUUUAAGCUCAUAGAAUACAUUGCCACUCAUGGUGAAGGUCGAUGGAACUCUCUUGCUCGUUGUGCUGGUCUCAAAAGGACCGGAAAAAGUUGCCGAUUGAGAUGGUUGAAUUAUCUCCGGCCCGACGUUCGACGAGGGAACAUCACUCUUGAAGAGCAGCUCUUGAUUCUUGAGCUUCACUCUCGUUGGGGAAACAGAUGGUCCAAAAUCGCCCAGCAUUUACCUGGAAGAACCGACAAUGAGAUCAAGAACUACUGGAGAACUCGUGUCCAGAAACAUGCUAAGCAACUCAAGUGUGACGUGAACAGCAAGCAAUUCAAAGACGCCAUGCGUUACCUUUGGAUGCCUAGGUUAGUCGAAAGAAUUCAAGCUGCUGCAGCCACCGCUUCCUACACCACCGCCGAGGUUACCGCCACAUCCACCACCACCUCGACUUCCUUAUUCAGCGAUGACCAGCUUGGGGGAGCUCAAGUGACCUCCUCAAGUUACGCCCUAGAGAAUUCGAGCACCACCGUAGCCUCAUCGGACUCUUUCGGGACUCGAGAGUUGUCUGGUAAUUACUACAACCAUAACAUGGAUUUUCAAUCCUUGGAGCAAAACAACCCUUGGCUAGACAAUCUCUUCAACGCCGAGGAUUUUUACUUCUUACAACAGCAAUUCAAUUUCAACAUGUGAGAAAAGAUCUUCAAAUACACUAAUAAACAUGGAGAGAAAAAAACCAAAAUAAUAAUAAUAAUAUUUUAGAACACAUAGAAUUAGAGUCUAACUGUGGAUGAACACUUGAUUAGUUUGUAUUUUCUUGCUUUGGUUUUUUUAUUUGGGAGGGGG